UAAAUUACUAAUACAAUCAGUUGAAUAUCGUAAUAUUAAAACAAUUGUACAAAGCAUUGGACAUUAUAUUUGAAAUUUUAGUGCAAUUUAGUAUUUCAUAACAUUAUGACGGAUCAGGAAUUCAUCAAAAAGUGUUUGGUUUGCGGCGACAGAGCUAUUGGCAAUAAUUUUGAUGCCCUUUCGUGCGAGUCGUGUAAAGCCUUCUUCAGGAGGAAUGCCGUCAAAAAUAAAGAAUUGAAGUGUCAUUUCGAUGACAACUGCGAGAUCGAUGUCCUCACCCGACGUUUCUGCAAGAAGUGUCGCCUCAAGAAGUGUUACGCAAUUGGGAUGAAAAAAGAUUGGAUCCUUUCGAGUGACGAGAAGAAGGAGCGGAAGUGUAAGAUCGAGAUGAAUAAGAAGCGCCGGAAGAAUAGUGUGGUGUCUAAUCAGGACUCGACCUCCUGUUCCCAAUCGUGUAGUAGUGGUUCGCCCGAAAGUGCUGAUAAUCAGGAU